UUGAAGGAGGAGGGAGCUUCUAGAAGGUUCGUGGGAGCGGCGGUGGUGACGAAGCAUCCGGCGUCAGAGGCAGCAGUACGGGGCUCACACUGAGGCUGGUAGUACGCUCGCUGCUUCACUCCCGCAGCCACUACACCUUCAGAUACAUACUUAAGAACUAAAACAAUGGCUAAGGCAAGAGCGGUAGGUAUUGAUUUGGGAACUACCUAUUCCUGCGUAGGUGUAUUCCAACAUGGAAAGGUUGAAAUCAUCGCAAACGACCAGGGCAACAGGACGACACCUUCGUACGUGGCCUUCACAGAUACUGAACGCCUUAUUGGGGAUGCUGCAAAGAACCAGGUGGCUAUGAACCCCAACAACACUGUUUUUGAUGCAAAGAGGCUGAUUGGCAGAAAGUUUGAUGAUCACAAUGUCCAGGCUGAUAUGAAACACUGGGCCCUUUCAAAUGUCAUAAAUGAGAACACUAAGCCAAAGAUUCAGGUAGAGUACAAAGGUGAUAAGAAAACAUUUUAUCCUGAAGAAAUUUCCUCGAUGGUGCUAAUAAAAAUGAAAGAAACUGCAGAAGCAUACCUAGGAGCUACAGUGAAAGAUGCGGUAAUUACAGUCCCAGCAUAUUUUAAUGAUUCUCAACGUCAGGCUACCAAAGAUGCUGGCACAAUAUCUGGUCUAAAUGUACUGCGUAUCAUUAAUGAACCCACUGCUGCUGCCAUUGCUUAUGGGCUUGACAAGAAAGUAGGUGGUGAGAGAAAUGUACUGAUUUUCGAUCUUGGUGGUGGUACUUUUGAUGUAUCCAUCCUUACCAUCGAAGAUGGUAUAUUUGAAGUAAAAUCUACUGCAGGUGACACUCACUUGGGUGGUGAAGACUUCGAUAAUCGUAUGGUGAAUCACUUUAUGCAAGAGUUCAAGAGAAAGUACAAGAAGGACCCAUCUGAAAACAAGCGCGCCCUUCGUAGACUUCGUACUGCUUGUGAACGUGCAAAGCGCACUCUAUCCUCUUCUACUCAGGCUAGUGUUGAAAUAGACUCCUUAUUUGAGGGUAUAGACUUCUACACCUCUAUUACACGUGCUCGUUUUGAAGAGCUGUGUGCAGACUUGUUCCGAGGAACUCUGGAGCCCGUUGAAAAAGCUCUUCGUGAUGCAAAGAUGGACAAAUCUCAGAUUCAAGACAUUGUUCUUGUGGGAGGAUCUACUCGUAUUCCCAAAAUUCAGAAGCUCUUGCAGGACUUCUUCAAUGGAAAGGAACUGAACAAAUCUAUUAAUCCUGAUGAAGCGGUGGCAUACGGCGCAGCUGUUCAAGCUGCUAUUUUGUGUGGUGACAAAUCUGAAGCUGUGCAGGACUUGCUUCUACUUGAUGUAACUCCACUUUCUUUGGGUAUCGAGACAGCCGGAGGAGUAAUGACUGCUCUAAUAAAGCGUAACACAACCAUUCCAACCAAGCAGACUCAAACUUUCACCACUUACUCAGACAACCAACCAGGUGUGCUCAUUCAGGUAUACGAAGGAGAACGUGCAAUGACCAAGGAUAACAACCUUCUUGGGAAAUUUGAACUAACUGGCAUACCUCCAGCGCCUCGAGGUGUACCUCAGAUUGAAGUUACUUUUGAUAUUGAUGCUAAUGGUAUUUUGAAUGUAUCUGCUGUAGACAAGAGCACUGGCAAGGAAAACAAGAUAACUAUUACCAACGACAAGGGCCGUCUUAGCAAAGAAGAAAUUGAACGCAUGGUGCAAGAUGCUGAAAAAUACAAAGCUGAAGAUGAGAAACAGAGGGAUCGUAUUUCUGCCAAGAACUCGCUGGAAUCUUACUGUUUUAACAUGAAGUCUACUGUGGAAGAAGAAAAAUUCAAGGAUAAGGUUUCUGAAGAAGACCGUAACAAGAUUCUGGAAGCUUGCAAUGAUGCAAUCAAGUGGCUAGAUUCAAAUCAGCUUGGUGAGAAGGAAGAGUACGAGCACAAGCAGAAAGAAAUAGAACAGAUUUGCAACCCAAUUAUCACAAAGAUGUAUCAAGCAGCUGGAGGUGCUCCAGGUGGUAUGCCCGGUGGUAUGCCUGGAGGUAUGCCAGGAGGCUUCCCUGGUGCCCCUGGUGGCGCUGGUGCUCCUGGUGGUGGUUCUGGUCCUACCAUCGAAGAGGUAGACUAAGUUCUGGCCAUCUUGACCACCUGUUGUCCAUUAAUCAUCCCUCUACUAGUCGAAUCAUUCCAUUAUAAAGGCAAAAGUUUUCCUUAACUUUUAGUUGGGAUACAUUUAUUUUUUGUUAAGCCAUUCCAUACAUUCAUGAAGAGUAAAACUUCGGUAAUUAC